AACUCUGCCUUUACCAUCUUGUACCCCUAACCGUUACUCAAACCGUUCCCAGACAGAAAAACGAAAGAAAGAUAAAAUUCUCAAAAAUGGCUGCGACUUCGAUCCCCAUCCGAGUCGCCGGAAUCCAAGCGUGCGCCACCUCGGGCCGCCGAAGGGCCGAUCCCGAUCGCCGGAGAGCCUCCUCCGCCAACUGGUGGACCCCGCUGUUCGGCUGGUCCUCCGAGCCGGACUACAUUGACUCCAACAACAAAGCAUCGAGUCUUCAACCGGCAAAGCCGGAACCGGUUACGGCGGAGACGGAGUCGAAAGCGCCGAGACCGCGCUUCGCCGGCGGCUUCACGGAGGAGAAGGCGAAGCAGCUCCGGAUGAUGACCAGCGAGUCUUUUCACGACACCAUGUAUCACUCCGCGAUCGCUUCUCGACUGGCCUCAGACUUCAAGUCUCGCUCCGAUCUGUAGCACUUGAAUAGUUAACUAUUCCUUCUUUGUUGUACUUUGCGGAUUGUUUGUAGCCAAAUUUUUAGGGUUUCAAAUGUAACCGUUGAUGUAUAAUAGAUUAGCAUUUAGAAUAAUUUAGGUUAUCAAUUGAUGAUACAAUCAAUCAUGGUGUAUGUAAGAAGGAUUUAGGAGUAAAAAUAUAAAUAUAAUUGACGAUUGAUGAACGAUGAUUUUGUUGUUUCGAAUUCAA